GGCGCGAGCUGUGACGUGACGUUGGCGGGCGCGCGCAGCGUGGCUCCCGGAAAAGAGCCGAACCUCCGGGAAGCUGGUGGCCGGGAUGCGGUGUGCUAGUGGCCGCCCGCCCCCCCGGAUCCGAGGUCCGCCCAGCAGGGCGGUUCAGACUACAUGAAGACAUCAGCUCUGAUUCUGUCAUUGUGGGUGACGAGAACUGACUCCCACAACAUCGCCUGGACCUUGCUUGGCCUUUCAGUAUGGGGAGGAUUGGCAUCUCCUGUCUCCUUCCUGCCUCUUGGCAUUUUAGCAUCUCUCCAGUAGGCUGUCCUCGAAUUCUGAACACCCAUUUACGACAAAUCGUUCUCAUCAGCAUCCUGGCUGCAGCUGUCUCCCUUUUAUACUUCUCUGUUGUCAUAAUCCGCAGCAAGUAUGGGUGGCUGUCAAAGGACAAGAAAUUUCAAAGGUACUUGGCCCGAGUCACAAACGUUGAGGCUACAGAUACCAACAACCCCAACGUGAACUAUGGCAUUGUGGUGGACUGCGGCAGUAGUGGGUCUCGGAUAUUUGUCUAUUGCUGGCCUCGGCACAACGGCAAUCCUCAUGAUCUGCUGGACAUCAGACAGAUGAGGGACAAAAACCGGAAGCCGGUGGUGAUGAAAAUUAAGCCUGGUAUCUCAGAGUUUGCUACCUCUCCAGAAAAAGUCAGCGAUUACAUUUCUCCGCUUCUGAGCUUUGCUGCAGAACAUGUGCCUCGGGCAAAACACAAAGAGACACCUCUCUACAUUCUCUGCACAGCUGGAAUGAGAGUCCUUCCUGAAAGCCAGCAGAAAGCCAUCCUGGAGGACCUCCUGACCGACAUCCCUGUGCACUAUGACUUCCUGUUUUCUGACUCCCAUGCCGAAGUCAUCUCAGGAAAACAAGAAGGUGUGUAUGCUUGGAUUGGCAUUAAUUUUGUCCUCGGACGGUUUGAGCAUAUUGAGGAGGAUGAUGAGGCGGUUGUGGAAGUCAACAUUCCCGGCAGCGAGAGCAGCGAGGCCAUCCUGCGGAAAAGGACAGCUGGUGUCCUUGACAUGGGAGGCGUGUCUACCCAGAUCGCGUACGAAGUCCCCCAGACUGUAAGCUUUGUGUCCUCACAGCAGGAAGAAGUAGCUAAAAACUUGUUAGCUGAAUUCAACCUGGGGUGUGAUGUCCACCAGACCGAGCAUGUGUACCGCGUCUACGUGGCCACAUUUCUUGGGUUUGGUGGUAAUGCCGCUCGGCAGAGAUAUGAAGACAGACUAUUUGCCAGCACAGUUCAGAAAAACAGGCUCCUGGGUAAACAGACUGGUCUGACUCCUGAUGCUCCAUUCCUGGACCCCUGCUUGCCUCUGGACAUUAAGGAUGAGAUCCAGCAAAACGGGCAGACCCUGUAUCUUCGGGGGACAGGAGACUUUGACCUGUGUCGUGAAACCCUCCAGCCUUUCAUGAACAAAACCAAUGAGACGCAAACUUCCCUCAAUGGCGUCUACCAGCCUCCAAUCCACUUCCAGAACAGUGAAUUCUAUGGCUUCUCUGAGUUCUACUAUUGCACCGAGGAUGUCUUGCGAAUGGGGGGAGACUACAAUGCUGCUAAAUUUACUAAAGCUGCCAAGGAUUACUGUGCAACAAAGUGGUCAAUCCUGCGGGAACGCUUUGACCGAGGACUCUAUGCCUCUCAUGCCGACCUCCAUCGACUGAAGUAUCAGUGUUUCAAAUCAGCCUGGGUGUUUGAGGUGUUCCAUAGAGGCUUCUCCUUUCCUGUCACAUACAAAAAUCUGAAGACGGCCUUGCAGGUGUAUGACAAGGAAGUGCAGUGGACCCUGGGAGCCAUCCUUUACAGGACCCGCUUUCUGCCCUUGAGAGACAUCCGGCAAGAGGUGUUCCGAGCUGGCCACACACACUGGCGGGGUGUGUCCUUCGUUUACAACCAUUAUCUGUUCUUCGGCUGCUUCCUGGUUGUCCUUCUGUCCAUCCUUCUCUACCUGCUGCGGCUGCGACGUAUCCACCGCAGGGCACCCCGCACUGGCUCUCUGUGGAUGGAGGAAGGCCUGCCCUCCCAGAAGGGCCCUGGGCCCUUGUGACAGACUCUGUGUCAGCCUGAAGAAGACUCUACAGGAAAAGCCAUUUUUGCCUCAGGGUUUCUCGUAUACUCAGACGGUUUUGUUUGUCCCUUUCCUUUCUGUCACAAAAACCCUCUGAUUGUAAACCCUGCUGUCUAGAGGUACUACCAGUUUGAACACAGCUUUAAAUGGAGGAGUGGGAAUAGGGAAUUCGCUUGGCUCAGGCCGCACAGCAUCUGCCGCACAUCAGUAAGGUUUGUAGAACUCGCUGCACUUUCAGCACAUGCACUUGGACACAUGUGCAAGCGGACAGUGGCAAGUUCCCAUCAGCGCGGGUGGGACUUCAGAGUGUCCUGGGACAGAACCAAGCUGUACGUUAUACACUCUUUCCUCUCCAAACACCUCAACCUAGAAAGGAGGCGUUUGGUUUUAUUGCUGCUCAGGUCUGUCACCAUCAGUGUUUUCUUGGCAGAUUUAAGACUUUGGUCUUUCAUACGAAAAAUUGACAAGAUGAUGGCACAGGGAGGUGACACUGAAGAGUAGUCAGUGAUGAGAGCUACUGAGGAGAGCCGUGCCCUGCUGCAGGCAAGCACACACUUGUAAAGUAGCCACACUUGCCCUGUGCUUGGGAACUCUGUCGCCCUCUCAGAGUGGCCUUGGGUUUUGUUUGCUUAUUUGUUUUGUUUGUUUGUUUUUAACGUUGCCCUGGUUUAGUGGUCUGAGAGCCGAGUGUGCCCUGCAGGCACCUGGCACUUCUGAGCCACAGGUCAGUGCCGUGGAGCUGCUCCAGGCUCUUCCUCUUCCAAGCUGUCACCCCACUGUUCAGAUCUCUUCACUGUUUUUCUUCAGUACGCCCCACACAUUGCUUGACAGUCCUUGUUGUCACUCUGUGGUUGCAGCUGUCAUUGGCAACUGUAAGCCCACACCGUGGAAGAGCCUGAAUUUAAAAUAAGAAAUAAAUGCACAUGUUGAAAACAAA